CGAUCCGUAGCGUAGCCUAGAAUUUGCUGGGCUAUCAGUUUACGUUGUUUUUUUCGACCAGAAUUAUGACAGAAUGAACACGGAGGUAAAGAGUUGCUACAUAUGCAACGAUACGAAUUCAAAUUUAGUUAUUUUUUUACCCAACAAUAAACCAAUUUUUGUUGGCCGAAAUGUUGAUACAAAAAUAACGGAUACAAAGUGCUCGAGGAAUCAAGUUCGUUUGUGUGCAAGUUAUGCAGAUAAAUGUGUAACCGUGUGCCAAACUGGUGCUCGGCCCUGUGGCUUCAAUGGCUGUAAAACGAAAAAGGAUGAAAAAUACAUGGGAAAACAUGGGGAUAUCAUUCAAAUACUUCAUGGCAAAUAUCCUUACAGGAUAGAAUUCAAUCCUCCCCCUUCCGAAGAUCGGCGGGAGUCUAUAAAUCGCAAAAAACGUGUUUGUACCGAUUCCGAGGACGAGAGCCAGGAGUUCAAAGCAAACAAGAAACCGAAAGCCAAUUAUUGUGAGGCUAAAAUGUCCAGGGAAGACUUUAAAAACACUGAUGAUGAUGAUGUCGACGAGGGAACGUCGCGAAAGAUCCUUGAAAAAGUGAGGGCGAGAGCCCAGAGCCCAUUGCCAAGUGGAUCCAAGACUGAUGAUAUUGAUUAUGGAUUAUCCAGUAAAAUCCAUAAAGAGACUUGGGAAGAUAUCGACAAACAGGCAUUAAUGGUUUUUACGGCUGAGGGGGUGCAAUCGAAAUCGAAAAUCGCAGCCUAUGACAUGGAUGGAACGUUGAUCACCACGCAGUCAGGACUGGUCUUCCCCAAAGACCUCAAUGACUGGAAAAUUCUGUUCCCAGGGAUACCUGGCAAGCUGAAGGAGUUGCAUGCUGAUGGAUACAAAAUUGUUAUUUUUACAAACCAGGGAGGAUUGGGACUGGGGAAAUCGAAACCGAAUGAUUUUAAACAAAAGAUUGAGAGAGUUGUGAAAAGACUGGGAGUCCCGAUUCAGGUAUUUAUUGCAACAGCAAGAGACUCUUAUAGAAAACCAGUGACUGGGAUGUGGGAUAGAUGCGUUAAAUUUAACAACGAUGGAAUACCCAUUGAUAAAAAAGAAUGCUUUUUCGUGGGAGAUGCAGCAGGAAGACCAAAAGACUGGGCUCCAAAAAAGAAAAAGGAUCACUCUCUGGCGGAUCGACUAUUCGCCUUAAACGUUGGCCUCAAGUUUUAUACACCUGAGGAACAUUUCCUAGGGCACAAGCCUGUACAAUACAAUCUGCCUGUGUUCGACCCAAAAGUAUUGAAUGACAGUAUUGAUGUCUCUGACCCACCUAGAGCACAAUUGUCCUCCAAAGAGCAAGAAGUGAUUGUCAUGGUAGGUGCACCAGGAACAGGAAAAACACAUGUUGCUCGAAAUUAUUUGAAGGAUUAUCAUCACAUCAACCGAGACAAAUUGGGGAGUUGGCAGAAAUGUGUGGCAGAAAUGGAAAAAAUUCUGUCACAAGGAAGGAGUGUCGUUAUUGAUAACACAAAUCCAGAUCCAGUGUCAAGACAACGAUUUCUUGGCGCGGCGAAAUCCAGAAACAUUCCAGUCAGAUGUUUUCUCAUGAAAACUCCCAUCGAACAUGCGAAACACAACAACAGAUUUAGGGAAUUGACGGAUCCCAGCCACAUGGUUGUCAGCGAAAUAAUUAUAAAUUCAUAUGUUGACACCCACUCUACCCUCGUCUGGCGUUGCACCAGAUUUGUUAAGCUACUGUUGCUCCUGUGUCUCCGAUUCCUCUGCGUACUGACUCUCUACACGUAUGUGAAACCUUACAGGAAAAAUUUUGUGGAACCGAGCAUGGACGAGGGCUUCUCGGAAAUCGUCAAGAUCAAUUUUGUACCGAAAUUCCAGACUGAGAGAGAACGAGAGCUUUACACAAUGUAUCUUCUUGAGAAAUAAUGUUGAAGAAUGAAUAUGGGUCCCUUUUAUACACACGAGUGUACUUAUUUUCAUACAGCAGAAUUAAUAAAAUUCUUACUAAUGGAAAUUACUGCAAACAUUUUUUUUUUGAAAAUUCAACCUAAAAUGUCAGUUGUGGAGUUCUCCAGUUUCAGUGUUUAAUAAUUCUCUGAUAAAUAUCCCAGAAAUUAAGAGAACCAAGCUAAUUGGUGAUUCGGUUUGUAGAGCAAGAAAGAAUCUACAGGAGAAGUUUGUUUGAAUGCAGCAAAUUAUUCAUAACUAAAUAUUAGAGGCUUCAUGGAAAAUAUAGAGUGAUUUGGGACUCUUCUACACUCCGAUCCAUUUAAUUUAAAGCAAUUUUUUUUCUAACAGGGGUGAUGGUAUUUAAUUGUAGAUAUUCCCUAUCGAUUUUUUUUCUGGUUUUAAUUAAGACAGAAACCGCUCGAAAUCUUGUAAAUCUAGUAAAAUCGCAUGAAAUCGUGGAAUUGGAAACUAAUGACUCCUAUUCGAAUGUUCUACCGAAAAAGAAGUUAUUUUAUUCCUUUAAAGACUGGAAAGUGCGACCUAAUCAAGCGACUAAAAUAUCGUUUGUUACACGAGAGUAAAGUACUUUCUGACUUAUGUGAUUAUCACUCACAUGAGUUAGAAAAUACUUUUUCCCCUAGAAGUACAAUAUACAAUUUUCAACUAAUCUCUGGUGUGUCAUGAAAUAAAAAUUGCAAGAGGUUUUUAAAUGAAUUCCCCCAUGGAAUAGGUGCAAUCACACAUUUGAAAUCAAUUGAAAUCGCAAAAUCAGUGAAAAACUUCCAUGAACUCGGCAAUCACUGUGUCACCAGAUUUCCAACUGAAAUGUUCCAUGGGUUUUGAGCUUUUCCAUUAAUUUAUUGACUAUUGCAUAUUUCUGUACCGAAG